GAAAUUGACUUUGUACAUACAUCAAUCUCUUUCCAUCAUGAGGACCUCAAGGAUAUCACUUGGCUUCUUCAAUGCCCCAGCCCUUUGUCUCCUCUGGCUAACUAAACAUGCAGAGGUUUCAGCCCAGCUGUCAGCUCCAGGAGUGGUAACAGGAGUGUACGGAGGAUCUGUGAAUGUCUCCUGUCAGUACGACCUGAAGUUCAGAGAAUACACGAAGUACUGGUGCAAAGGACAGGUGUAUGAGUUUUGUGAAAUCGUGGUGAAAACACCAAGGAGCAGACCCAACGCAAGAAGCUUUAUUGUAGACGAUAAGGAGGCUGGAGUCUUUACUGUGACGAUGACCUCUCUGAAUAAAAGUGAUGGGGGCAUGUACUGGUGUGUCAUCGCAAGAAAAGGAAAGAACAAUUACGCUGGUGUCCAGCUCCGGCUGUCCAAAGCAGUUUUCUUUCCAACAGUAAUAACAACAACUACUAUCACCACCCCACUGCCUACACAUGAAGAAAAUAGCUCGUGGGUGACUCUACGUUGGAUCCUUUUUAUCCUGAUGUUGUGUUGUGUCGUAGCAACACAUAUCAUUACAUGGAGGAUAAAAACUACAAGGAGAGCACAGCCACACCAACAGUUACAAAAUCAAAACUCAAACAUCUAUGAGUGAGCUUGGCAUCCUUUUAAAAGUGAUCAUACCAGGGCUAAAAAGUUUUCUUUCCUUGGAACUACAUCAGUUAGAGGAACUCAACUUAUAAAAGUUAAAUUAUUGAAAAGUUGCCUUAAGUUUGACUCUUUUCUAAGCUUUAAAAUAUUUAAUCUUCAUUAAUUUCAGUGCCAGGGUCCAAGUAAACUUUGCACCCAUCAUUUUAGUAUGCAGUCCGAAUAAAAGGCCUUGGCUUUUGUUUGAAUUAUUUGGAGAUGUCACCGUAUCAACCGUCAGACAUUUUUCUUUUUUUCUUAACCAGCUUUUACUGAAGCUUUCACAAAACCCUUAGUGUUAGCCCAGCUCUUGUGGAGGCUGCUUUUAAGGCAAUAAAGUCACUGAUAAAUGGAGGUGCUGAAUGGUAGUGAUGAUUUCUUAACUUUUUGUUAAACAACAGGGGAAGUUGAGUUUCCUCACAUUUACACAGAAAACACACCUUUUGUCAUAAAACACAAGAUACCUGCAGAUGAGGCGAUGUUUUUCUAAAUUCAUGCAAAGUGGUGAAACCAGUUUUAUCAAAGCUGUAUUCAAACCUUGCAGGAAGUUUUAUACAAUUUUAAAGAGGCGGCGUUGAUUUAUGAUUCUUGUCAAGCAAAUGUUAUUAUCGGACUGAUUUUAUCUGCAAGAACUUACACAGCUGUGUCUGCUGGCCUUGGCUUUCAGAGAACAGCAUUUAUGAACACUGUUUUAUCAAAUACUGUGCAAUUUAAUGCAAUAACCAUGCUGUUAAUGUUUGUCAGAGAUGGGUGUUUAGUUUGUGGCUAGUUUGGAUUGGAUUAUAGGUUGUUUAACCAACUCAUAACUCUGACAACAUCUAUCCCUCUAGGGACAAUGGUUUUGGAGCAGCUUGUACAAAGACACAAAUAAAACAGUGACAUUACAACUGAUUGUAUAUCAAGAGCUGCAAUAUGAAAUAUAAUCUCAAAAGAUGUUUUGAUAUUAUUAUACUUAUAUUGUAUCUUUAAUGUAUGUACACAUUUCAAUCA